GUUGCGCGCUGCUGGGUAAGACAUUCGCAACCGCAUCACAUCAUAGCGGAAAGACAGACAACUUAUGUCAGCCUCGGAGUGCGUAAAAGUUACACUCUGAAUGUGUUUUGUCGCACAUGGAAUCUGUUGCGGCAAAAAGCCACAUAAGCCCCGCAUCAAACUGCACAGGCUCCACCAUCCAAAAACCUUUACUACACGAUGCCUGUUAUUAAAUAGUUUGUUGUUCUUCUUUUGUUGGUUUUUUUUAUUUAUUUUUUUUAAAUAGGACAUCUCGUCAUAUCGCGCACGGGAUCAUUAGGCAGGAGUGUGGUGGGUGUGCUCACAAAAGUGUCGCGCCACGUCGCGUGAAAACACCGGUGAAAACGACCGCAUCAAGGCAUCUCCACACCUCCUCUGUCCCCAGUCCUCCUAAUAUUGUCUGCUGGCCUCUGGACCCGGCGAUCAAGACCAAAGUCCGACCCUGUUUACGUGCGCCGCUGGGUGAGAAGAAACCGGAGGGGGGGGGGUGGAGAGACGGAGACUGAGAGAGAGAGAGAGAGAGAGAGAGAGAGAGAGGGGAGGGAGAGAGAGACUGCAAUAUCAUUUGUGAAUCCCUCUCACAGUGCUGCAGAUAGGGGCUGCCAACACAUGCGGCGCGUCUGCAGGUGAGAGGAACAGGCAACAGAAUAUGCUGGACACACUGAGGAAUUCAACCAGCGUUUUCCAAAAACAAAAAAAAGAAAAACUGCGUCGGAUAUACAUCUUUUUUUAUUUAAAGUUUUUCUUUUCGGUUUCGCUUUCUUCAUUUGAAAUACAACCCUGAUUUUUUUUUUUUUUUUUCUCAGGGGGUUGUGCAUUGUGGAGUUGGCUCGCACACACAUACACACACGCACACACACACACACAAAAAAAGAACUAUAUCCACUGUCUGCUGGUUGCAAGUGACUUGGAGGAAGAGAGCAGGAGAGGCAAGCCGGACGGGUCGUUCGCUUCGCAUUCACAUCCUCAGGAUCGGAGAGUUGACGGGCAGCCGCGCAGUCAACGCUCGCCGUAUAUGAUGAGUUUUGGAAACUGCACGGGCAUUUAAAUGAUCCUCUGACAUAUGUUGGACAUAUCACCCAGAGAGAGGGGAAUAUUGCAGCCUCACCCGAGAAGGAGAUUCUUACCACAAACUGUGAGUAAAGCGGCGCGCUGUGGACUCUGAUCAUACUUUCUUGGUGAUAUGAUGUUCGGACUAAAUGACAUUUUGGCUUUUACGCGCAUGAAAUUCACAUAGGCCUAUUGGUGGCACCUUCCAGAGCGCACGGAGCCUCUCUGGUGUGCGUGCGUGUGUGUUUUUUUAAAACACCAUUGCGGUUUUUCUUUUUUUUCUUUUUUCUUUUUUUUUUUUUACAAAAACAAGGAAAGAGCAACUAACAUCCAGUGCCGGAGGUGGGGAAGCAGGGGAGACAGGGAAGCCCGUGCACUUGCUGCUUUUCACUGCAGCAGGAGCGAUGUAGGAAGUCGUCCGGAGGAUGAAGUCUCACACAUCCCGAAACCGAGGGCUUUGCUCUUAAAGAACACGAUAUUCCCCCCCCCCCCCCCCACAGUCGGACUUUCCAUCAGUGAUUAAAUCGUUAUUUUUUUAAACAUUUCUUUUUUUUUUUCAAACCUAAGUGGACAUUUUCCAGGGGAGAACAAUGAGGACUACUGGUGCAGUGGACUAUUUGUACUAUUGCAUGCUCAUCCUGCAGCUUGUGCAUCAGCCCGCUGCCAAGCAAGUGCUCCGGUACCGUUUGGCUGAGGAGGGACCCGCUGAUGUCAGAGUAGGAAACGUAGCCACCGACCUGGGCAUUGUUGCCGGGUCCGGCGAGGUGACAUUCACGCUCGAAUCGGGCUCAGAUUUUUUCAAAAUUGACAACAUAACAGGUGAGCUCACCACCAACGAGAGGCGGAUAGACCGUGAAAAAUUACAGCAGUGCCAAAUGAUAUUUGAUGAGAAUGAGUGUUUUAUAGAUUUUGAAGUGUCAGUCAUCGGACCAGCCCAGAGCUGGGUCGACCUGUUUGAGGGAAAAGUCAUCAUAUUAGAUAUAAAUGAUAACACCCCGUCUUUCCCUUCCCCUGUCCUGACACUGUCUGUGGAGGAGAACAGACCCAUUGGUACCCUUUAUCUGCUGCCCACUGCCACAGACAGAGAUUUUGGCAGAAAUGGAAUAGAGAGAUACGAGCUUAUCCAGGACAAUGGGGAGAACUCAAGGCGCCUGGGCUCCUCUGGGGAUUCGUACUCGGGGAAGAGGAGGUUUGAGGAAGGCGCAAGCAGGAGCAGUGUCUUCGAGCUGCAAGUUGCUGACACUACUGAUGGAGAGAAACAGCCUCAACUCAUCAUUAAAGGGGCCCUUGAUAGGGAACAGAGAGACUCCUAUGAGCUCACACUGCGUGUUAGGGAUGGAGGAGAUCCCCCUCGCUCCUCCCAGGCCAUUCUGAGGGUGAUGAUCACUGAUGUGAAUGAUAACAGCCCCCGAUUCGAGAAGAGUGUGUAUGAGGCUGACCUACCAGAAAACAGCUCCCCGGGCGCCCCCAUCCUACAGCUCAAAGCGGCCGAUGCAGACGUGGGGGUUAAUGGUCAAAUAGAGUAUGUGUUUGGGGCAGCUACAGAGUCAGUGAGGAGGCUGCUGAGGUUGGAUGAGAGCACAGGGUGGCUGAGUGUGUUGCACCGCAUUGACCGUGAAGAAGUGAGCCAACUGAGGUUCACAGUAAUGGCCCGUGACAGAGGCCAGCCGCCCAAAAUGGACAAGGCCACUGUGGUGUUGAACAUCAAGGACGAAAACGACAACGUCCCCGUCAUAGAGAUACGGAAAAUUGGACGCAUUUUCUUAAAAGAUGGUAUAGCCAACGUGGCUGAGGAUGUGGUGGUGGACACACCCAUUGCCUUAGUUCAGGUGUCAGACCGUGACCAGGGGGAAAAUGGCAUAGUGACCUGCACAGUGGUAGGGGAUGUUCCCUUUCAGCUCAAACCAGCCAGUGAAAUGGAGGGUGAGCAGAAUAAAAAGAAAUACUUCCUCCACACGUCUGCACCGCUGGACUAUGAAGCCACACAGGAAUACAAUGUGGUCAUAGUGGCUGUGGACUCUGGAAGCCCCAGUCUGGCAAGUAAUAACUCUCUUAUCGUCAAAGUGGGCGACACUAAUGACAACCCUCCCAUCUUCAGCCAGAAUGUAGUAGAGGUGUCGUUUCCGGAAAACAAUGCCCCAGGCGAGAGGGUGACAACGGUGGCAGCCAUCGACGCAGAUAGUGGGAAGAACGCUGAAAUAGCCUAUUCCCUUGACUCAUCAGUAAAUGGGAUUUUCUCUAUCGAUGCAGACAGUGGAGACAUCCGAGUAAACAGCAUUCUGGAUAGAGAGCAAACAGAGCGCUACGAAUUCAAAGUGAUAGCCAAAGAUAAGGGCAUAAACACCCUUCAGGGCUCUGCAACAGUGGUUGUCCUUGUGGCCGAUAAGAAUGACAACGAACCAAAGUUCAUGCAGGAUGUGUUCACCUUCUAUGUCAAAGAGAACCUUGAGCCAAACAGCCCAGUUGGCAUGGUUACAGUCAUUGAUGCAGAUAAAGGCCAAAAUGCUGAGAUGAGUCUUUUCAUUGAAGAAGAAGAGGACAUUUUUUCUAUUGAGAACGACACUGGGACUAUUUUCUCCACCCUAUCCUUUGACCGAGAGCAGAAAACCACAUACACCUUCCGAGUCAAAGCUGUGGAUGGCGGUGACCCUCCCAGAUCCGCCACCGCCACCGUUUCACUCUUUGUCAUGGAUGAAAAUGACAACGCACCAACGGUCACUUUCCCAAUUAACAGCUCCUACACCCUCCUUCCUCCUUCCAGUAACAUCAGAACAGUAGUCAGAACGGUCUUAGCCACCGACACUGACACCGGCAUCAACGCAGACCUGAACUACAGCAUCAUCGGGGGAAACCCCUUCAAGCUGUUUGAGAUUGACGGUGGCUCCGGCGUCAUUUCGCUGGUGGGGAAGCUGGAGCAGAAGCACUACGGCCUCCACAGACUGGUGGUCCAGGUGAACGACAGAGGGCAGCCAUCACAGACCACCACCACUCUGGUUCACGUGUAUGUAAAUGAGACUCUUUCCAAUUCCACAGUCGUGGAGGCCCAGGUGGCUAAGAGCCUGAGCACGUCUCUGAACACCAACAUUGCCGGUGACCCCAACUACGACCUAAGCAAACAGCGGUUAAGCAUUGUCAUCGGAGUAGUUUCGGGCAUCAUGACGGUCAUCCUCAUUAUUCUCGUCGUAGUAAUGGCCCGUUAUUGCCGGCCCAAGAAUAAGAAUGGCUACGAGGCCGGCAAGAAGGAUCACGAAGACUUCUUCACACCACAGCAGCAUGACAAAUCCAAGAAGCCCAAGAAAGAUAAGAAGAAACAGAAGUCCAAACAGCCGCUCUAUAGCAGUAUUGUCACUGUAGAGGCCUCCAAACCCAACGGGCAGCGCUACGACGGCGUCAACGAGAAGCUGUCGGACAGUCCAGGCAUGGGCCGCUACCGCUCAGUCAACGGAGGGCCCGGGAGUCCAGAUUUGGCCCGGCACUACAAGUCCAGUUCGCCACUCCCCACUGUCCAGCUUCACCCGCAGUCGCCAACAGCUGGAAAAAAGCACCAGGCAGUUCAGGACCUGCCCCCUGCCAAUACCUUUGUUGGCACCGGAGAUAACAUUUCCCUUGGAUCUGACCACUGCUCUGAAUACAGCAGUCAAACUAUCAACAAGUACAACAAACAGGAGAAAAAGAGCAUUAAAAACUCCCGGCCCUUGCCUGACGUAGCCAUGACUGGCAAGUGCACUCGGGAAUGCGACGAGUACGGCCACUCGGACUCCUGCUGGAUGCCUGUGCGCACGUCGCCCGAGCGACGGCCAUCCAAGUCAACCACCAACCCCCAACAACCAAAGCUUUCCACUUUCAUGAGCGGCAGCGGCAGCGGCAGCAGCAGCGCCGAGCAGCCCGGCAGCCAAGAGACCCUCGCCAUGGCCGCCAUGGCCAACGGAGACCCCACCGCCGCUCACAUGAUGGGCGACCGCAAUCGCAACCUGCUCAACAAGAAGAUGGCCUCCUCCUCCUCCUCCUACGAGGCCUUUGGCUCGCCUUCCUACGGCUCACCAGGAGGCGGGGAGGAGGCGCUGGGCCACCCCACCGAGGAGAUCCCUCUGGCACCUACUGGGGAGUACAAGCCCACAUCCUGUGGCACUCUGACGCGACGGGAGGUUUACCUGUGAGCUGGGGGGGUUAGACACACCUGCUGUGCCACAACACAUGGCAUUAAAAUACAACACUAAGCAUAGCUGCUUACCCACCACUCUUACAGCUCUAGAAGCUUUUAGCCACCCUUGUUCUGAACAAGGUAAGACUAAACUUUCUCCAAAGACUUUUACGACAGCUCCUUAAUGAAAACUCCAAGUGGAUAGAUAAACAUAAUUCCAUUUUUAAAGUGCUAAUUCCGGCCAUGACCUGGCAGAAAGGAGGAGGAGGAGGAGGAGGAGGAGGAGGAGGAACUGUUGUGGGCACUGACUGAACUCGGGAUGAGGCUGUUUUACUGGCGAGUCGGGCUCUUGGGACACAAUCUGCUGCCUGACAGUCAAUCUGUACAAUAAUCAACUCAUUUUACAUAUACCGUACAUGCAUGCAUUACCCCCUGUCCCCCAUGAAGGCCUCGUUCCCUGAAGAUGACUAUACAAAAAAGACAAUUUCUUUUUUCUGUUUAUGUUUUUUCUAGAAACAAAGCUGUACAUGUGGACUAUUUUGACUGGUUUUGCCUUUCUCUCUUUUUUUUUUUUUUUUAAAUUUCAGACCAGGGCAACACUCUGGCCGUGACAUUCUGUGGCUGCAACAAUAUACUGGGCGUAAUGGUCUGUUAUUGUGCUGAGCUGUCAACGGACUCUGCCAUCUUGUUUGUGAUAAAAGUUGCUCAAUAGCAGAACAAAACUUGACCGUAUUCAAUUCCUAUAAGGACGGAAAAGACUAAGCUUUAAAUACUCAGCCCGGAAGACGACAUUUAUUUCUCUUGAAAACGGAUUGGAAAAUGGGAGCCAAUGGAAUUUGCUGCAACAAAAAACCCAUGGUUCGGACUACAUCCGGCUGGUAACACUAUGAUGAACAAAUGAUGACUGAUUCUAACUUACCAGUGUGUAACGCUCUUCACAGGUUGACAAAAGUUCACUCAUUGUACAUAAACAUUGGACCACGGCAAACGACACUAACCGCUCUCAUUCCCUUUUUGUCUCGCUACCUUUCCUCAGUCUCUCGUUCUCUGUCUUUGAUUGGCGACAUUGAGACCAAAACCCUCUUUAAAGGGAUGCAAGCUCUUAAGAGCCAUGACCUAUCACCGCGAUGGCUGGGAAAGCAUGUGUGUACAUUGGUCUUUUGCGUAUUUUGGAUCAACCUCAGUGGGAUGCUACUGUUUCUAUCAACACUUGCCCUGUUUUGUCCUCAAACACACACAUAGACAGCUGCAGAAAAGCAGAUUCAUUUAACUGAAGCCAGUGGCACUGCUGUACUGACUGAAAAUCUUGGUUAAGCACAGUGUAUGGCAUGCCGAGAUAAAAAUUAUGGAGGUGCAAUUGAAAUCGUAUGUGUGUAUGGGCCAGAUAUGCAGUAUAUAGUAUGUGUGUAUAGGCCAUAUUUAGUGUAUACUGUAGAUGUACACCAAUAAUAGGCUUAGGAGGGCGUAAACAUGGCCAAGCUGGUCUGAAAACAGCUGCAAGGACAGCUUUUUACUGUUAUUCCUUUACUUUUCUGUGCGUGUAUGUGUGUGUGUGUGUGUGUGUGUGUGUCCGUGUGAUAGACUGAGCAAUAAAUAUCAUAAUGUACAUGUGACCAACCAGCAUCAACUUCUUUUUCACUUCUUCUCAAGGCCUUCAAGGUGACAUUAACCCACACACGGCUGUCCUAGAGUCCUCUUAGCACUAGUAGAUGUUGCUUUUUCCAUAGUACAUGGUGAUGGCAUCUUUGAGCACGAAUGUAAGAAUCAGCUCAAUGGAGAACAAUCAAAAAAAAAAAAAAGGCAACGUCGGAACGAGCAGAUACCAGGAAGAUUUUUUUUUUUGUUUGUUUUUUUUUUUGUGGGAUUUACAUGCUGAGAAAAAAUAUGGAGUCAAAGUGAAACCAAAGCUUCGCAAGCAGGAUGAAGCAUUCCCCCUUAUUUACACAUAAAAAUAGCUUUCUGGGAGAACUUUGCUUUAAGUACACAUCACACGGAGAAUUUUUAUUUUUCAUUUUUUUGUAAAUGAAGGAUUGAGCUUGAACGAUAAGAAUGUGAUGUCUCAACACAACAUCCAUUACAUCCUCAGAGCUGGCGCUUAAAGACCACUUACACACGUACAUAACUAUGUUGAGAUGUUGUGCCUCCUUGUCUACAGUGAUUUUCUUUUUCUUUUUUCUUUUUUUUUUUUCUGUUUCGCAGCUACUGAGGCGUAAAAUCUCAUGACUGUAAUAAAGCAAAAGAAUAUCAGAUGCAAUGGAACUUUUUUGUAUGUUAGCAAAACCCCUUUGGUUUAACCGGAGCUGCUUUUUCAGUAAUCCGGCAAUCUAUAGUCUGUAAGUACUACUCGUCGUUCGAAAGAAAGUGCUCCUAUACUUAUCAACUGUAUACAUAAAUAUUUACUUUUUACUGCACGUUUAAUGGGAACUUACUUCACUUACUGAGAAGGAAGAAGAAAAAAAAACUGUAAAACAAAAUGUACAAAAAAAUGUUAUCCCUGUAAACAUGGAAAUCCACCUUGUUGCUUGCUUUCGUUAUACCUAAAGAAACAUUAGCCAUGUAUUAGCCAACUUAGUACAUCAGUUAAGACUCUGCAUACCAUUGCUUUUUUUAUUUUUUAUACUUGAUUUCAUCGUCGUCUUUCAUAUCACCACACAGACCCAAAUCUUUCAUACGUUUCAUUUAUAUCAACUUUAUACCAUGACAUUUUUGCAAAUUUUUUAUCUUCAUUCUGUAUUUUUUUUUCUCUUUUUAAUCCCAUACAUUGAUUUGUUACACAAUAACAGUCAAAACCGUGGAAAUGAUCAUGACAAUGUACUACGUGUUUUACUUUUUUCCUUUAUCUGGUGCCACUUUGUAUAUUUAGAGUGCUUCUGAAAAAAGAAAAAAAAAAACUUAAAAAAAAAAAAAAAAUACUAGAGUGAAUGCAAAUAUGCAAUUGUGCCUUUUUAUACCAAUUGGUAUGGUUUAAUGUUGGUUUGGAAUGGUGCAUAAACAAUGACAUGCUUACAAAAGUAGAUGGGGUGGCAUUUAAGAACGGACUGAAAUACAUUUGCAUAUCUUAGAUGAAAUCCCAUGAUGUCAAAAGCUUCUCGGAGGACGACCAGUCAAAUGUCAGUGAGCCUAUAGGUCUAAUAUUCAAAUGGCUGUUGUUCACUGGGUACAAAUAUCUUGUUGAAAUAUCCAUUCCUAGCAUAGUGCAUUACCGAAUGAGUACAGGUACAUUCAAAAGUUGCUUGUUGGUAGUAAUAAUAAUGAUAUAAUGGAUUUUUUUGUCGUGUUCCACUCAUGUACAUGUAUGACAUCAGAGGUCAAGUAACCUUUGUGCAUGAAACAAGCUCUAGGACUGAAUAUAGAAGCAUAGAAAGAAAGAAAGAAAG